ACCACAUGACUUUGCUGUAAUUACCAUAGAGCCGGGGAGUGGUAGACAUUUUAUAUAGUUUUUAAUUUAUGCAAACGCAUGUAUCUGCAGGAAUCCAUUUGACAAAGAACGCACCGAAAACAAACGAGGCCGAGACGCCAGCCGGCCGGGACACCACGCCCCGGUGUACCCUUGGGUUUCCGGUCCCCCCAGUUCCUGUCUCUCCGCAUGUGACAUGGACGGCUAGCAGGCGAACUUUUCUGCGCGCUCUCCGUGUCUCAGCGCCCGGCCGGUGUCAUGGGCUGUAUAGUGAAAUAACCAAGUCCAUCCUCAAGCCACGGCACAGCCGGUCUCCAUCAGACUGAGGGUGCAAGCACAGAAAUGGCAAAUAUGAACUGGAAACCGUUCAUCUAUGGGGGGAUGGCCUCGAUUGUCGCCGAGUUUGGUACCUUUCCCAUUGACCUUACGAAGACCAGGCUGCAGGUUCAGGGCCAGUCCCACUGUGCCGAGAUCCGCUACAGGGGCAUGUUCCACGCACUGCUGAGGAUUGGGCGUGAGGAAGGGAUUCGAGCCCUGUACUCCGGGAUCUCUCCUGCUCUGCUGCGCCAGGCAUCGUACGGAACCAUAAAGAUUGGGACGUAUAACACUCUGAAAAAGUUGUUCGUGAGCCAGCCGGAAGAUGAGACCAUGGUCAUCAACGUGUUCUGCGGCGUCGUGUCCGGCGUGCUGUCGUCCACGCUGGCCAAUCCCACCGACGUGCUAAAGAUCCGGAUGCAGGCACAAGGCAGCCUCCUGCAGGGCAGCAUGAUGGCCAAUUUCAUCAAUAUCUACCAGACGGAGGGAACUCGGGGGCUCUGGCGGGGGGUUAUUCCCACAGCACAGAGGGCUGCCAUUGUGGUCGGGGUGGAACUUCCUGUCUAUGACAUCACCAAGAAGCACCUGAUUCUCUCGGGCUUGAUGGGAGACACUGUCUACACCCACUUCAUAUCCAGCUUCACCUGUGGCCUGGCGGGGGCACUGGCCUCCAACCCUGUGGACGUGGUGCGGACCCGCAUGAUGAACCAGCGCGUGCUUUCGGGGAACCCGCUGUACAAGGGCACGCUGGACGGCGUCAUGCAGACCUGGAAGAACGAGGGCUUCUUCGCCCUCUACAAGGGCUUCUGGCCCAACUGGCUUCGCCUGGGGCCCUGGAAUAUCAUCUUCUUCAUCACCUACGAGCAGCUGAAGAAGCUCCCGUUGUAGUGGGGGCCACACCUUUGGACCGGCACCCAUGCGCGAGUGCGAGCGAGCGCGCGCAUGCCGGCGGGGGUGGGCGUGCGAGGCCGCCGCCCUUGUGGCCGCCCACUCUUGCCGCACCCUGCCCCCAGCGUCCUCCUGCAUUCACAAUCCCACCUCUUUUAAUCACCCCUGGUGUGCUUGUACACUCCGUCUAUUCAAAUGUCUGUUUUAAUUCUCAGAUAUUUAUUUUUUCUUUGAACAGCCUGUGUACACAUGUUUUCUGUUUUUAUUAUUUACAUCCACUGUCUCCGUCUGCUCCGACACGGACCCCUGGCAGCUAAUCCCUUGGCUUAUGGGCAGAUGCCCAAUUUGGGCUUGGAGAAAAGGAUCGUCCCCGAGGGUGUCUUCCCCACACCCUCCACCACCCCCCCGGAGCCAAGAAUUUAACCACGGUGCAUCCACAUCAACUAACAACUUAAACGUCGGUAAUACGGUCUUGGAGACCGUUUGGGAGUCCUUAACCAUGAAGAAUGGUGCAGAACUGCUGCAUGUUUGGUGGAUCCUUAGACUGGUUCUGUAGCCACCUUCUGCACUUGCUACUCAGCACAUCCGCGUAUCUAUAACGAUUGGACAACCCAAUGCCUGUUUGGGUUAAGAGUCUCAGAGGAGACAUAGAAACCAGCUGUUACCCGGAAGGUUCUGCCGGGCUGCUCUUUCUCUUCCACCUGCCAGUUUGCUCCGGAUGAGCUGCCUCGCCGCGAGGCAGGGGGAUCACGGUGUGUGUGUCUGGGGUAUCUGUUCAGUGCCAAAGAACCAGUGCAGCACCCUCGAGUCGAAACGGUCCGUGUCAGACGCACAAGGAGAACCACACUUGCAUUUUUGAGCCACAUUUUAGUGUCUUUUUUUAAAAGUCUUUUAUUCGUUCAGUUUUCAUUUUAUAUGUUUUUGUUGCAGUGUUUGAGCAGAAGCGACAUUCAGUAAAUGUUUAGUUCCAUUUCUGUCCUUUUGCACAGUACUGAUCACAGAGCCAUGCGUCCAUAAGUUCCGGGCCUCCACACCUGAGCUGACCACUCUAAGCAUGCUGUUAGAGAUGCCCCACCUGCAGGACUCCCAGGCCGUACGUGUCAUCACCCCCUCCAACACUCCUCCACCUGACCACCAGGCCAUGUGCCGCUACCAAAGAGACGGCCAGAGGCUUGCCGCUCUUCAUUGGUUAUUUAACUGUUACUUCUGAUCUAUAUGGCCUGUUAUUGGCUGGUUUUGCUAACCCCAGUAGCCAAUGGCCAGCUGGCUUGUUGCUCAUUAUCAGCUUGUUUUAAUCGCGAUUAUUGGUCAUAAAGGCCCCCCCCAGCCGAACUCGUCAGCUGUAUCCGCAGGCUCCGCUAGUCCCGCAGCUCUCCGUAGCUAGAGUGUACAGGUUUGUUUGUUUAUAAAAAAAAUUUUUCCCCUGGCGCAGCUAGCUCAGGCUAAAACGCAAGGAGGGGAGCAGAGAUACAGCAACACAUGGCGCUUAGGCUACGGAUGGCGUCGGGGGGGGGGGCGUUCUAAGUCAAAUCUUUUGGGAGAAGUGUUACAUUAUGGGCCGGUUUUGUGUCUCAUCAAUACUUGAACAUCUACUAAUAACUUGCCAUUCUCCAGUCUCAGUCAGUUGCAUAAUAUCGUUGCUGUUAUAUUACUAAAAUAACGUUUUUUUUUUACUGUGGUAAGCUGUAGCUUUAUACCAUGACAGGCCUGUUGAGUUUCUUAGUCAUUUGCACCAAGUUGUUAUUUUUUGUGAUAGUGUAUUUAUUCGUUAUUCACAAAAACUCUUUGGUUGAUUUAGUUGUUCUGUAAUGGAAAUGUAAUUUUGUCUUUGAACAGAUGGAAUCUUGCUUUAUGAAAUGGUUGCAUCCACAAUACAAUUAAAUAAGGUUCAUGUGCUGAUGUUCUUAAUAUUGGCUGUGUUCCCUUAAUGAA